CUAGCAACCAGAGACCAAUGCGAUUCGUGAACGUGAGCGCGGAUAAAGGGAUUUAUUGUUGUGUUGAUUAGAGCAGCGCUAACUGUGUGUUUGACUGUAAAGUUCUGUUUUUAGACAUUGAAACAAAAACCAGAAUGAGUCUGUCUGUAAGACCUGAGCUCGCAGGGGACAAACCCAAACGCAAGAAGAGGAGAGAGCUCACUGAAGAUCAGAAGCAUGAAAUUAAAGAAGCAUUUGAUUUAUUUGACACGGACAAAGAUAAGGAGAUAGAUUACCAUGAGCUGAAGGUGGCAAUGCGAUCUCUUGGGUUUGAGGUGAAGAAAGUGGACGUUCUGAAGAUCCUCAAGGACUACGACCGGGAGGGCAACGGCAAGAUCACAUUCGAGGACUUCAACGAAGUGGUGACCGACCGCAUCCUGGAGCGGGACCCCAAAGAGGAGAUCAUGAAGGCGUUCAGGCUCUUUGACGACGAUGAGUCGGGGAAGAUCAGCCUGAGGAACCUGAGACGAGUCGCUCGGGAACUCGGUGAGAACAUCAGCGACGAGGAGCUGCGCAGCAUGAUCGAUGAGUUCGACACCGACGGAGACGGAGAGAUCAACCAGGAGGAGUUCCUCGCCAUUAUGACUGGAGACUCCUGAGGAAUCACUGACUGACAGAAGCUAAAUGACAUCCAGCUUUUACUUUGUGGCUCUGAAGUGAACUGGACUCAUUCAUUGACCUGGAGUCUUUUUUUUUAAUUUAUUUUAUUUUAGUUUUGAUUUAGUUUUAUUUAUUGCCUGGCAGUGGUGGCGGUGAAGAUCAGUUACUCCUGCAUAUGCAUGAUGCUGCUUUUUCAUCUGGACUGAUCUUCGUUUUUAUCACACUUGGUUCAAAAUAAAAUGAUGUAAAGAGGGAA